UAGCCUUGAAUUGCAAUUGUUCGAAAUUCAUUCUUUAUUGUAAUUGUUCAUUUCGGUCGCAGCUAGGCAUUACUGCUUAUGCAAUUUCGAAAAUAUUUUAAUUGGGCUUCUCUUUCGAUAAAGAUCGGCUAAAAACUAAUUUUCUGCUCAAUUAAACAAAUUGUUCUUCAACUUUAUUUGAUAUAUAAAGAAGCGGUUUGGACUCUCAAUGAGCAAAGAAAAUAUCGGUGCAAUAAUGUCCAAUUUUUCAGUGGUUCUGUUUUUGAGUUUUGCUGUUUUCUGCAUUUACGCUGACCAUGCUGUAAAAGUUGAAAAAGCUGAAAUUGAAACUGUUGACAAAGACUAUUUAACUAUAGCCGUAAAAGUUCGCCAAGAGGGGGACAAAUCACUAAUCGAUGUUGAUUCAGAUUUAUUGCAAGACUUGAAUGAUGAUGUCUUCAUGCAAAUUCAUAUCGAAAAGAAAACCAAUGGAGCCUUUAGUACAUUGUAUAAGAGUGAAGUAAUUAAUAGAUGCCAUUUUACUGACAAUCGAGAUAAGUAUCCUAUUGAAAAGGCUCUCACUGAUGAUUUUAACAAAUAUGGCAAUUUAUUGCAAAAUUGUCCUAUCAAAAAGGGCCACUACUAUUUGAAAGGUUUCCAGUUCGAGCCGCGAGACAUAAUAGCUGAAAAGAUAAUGUCCGGCGAAUUUUGUGUUCAUUUCCUCAUGAUGAAAGAAGUCAAUACGCAGAUGAAAACCUUGUUUUCAAUUAAAUGGUAUGCAACUGUAUAAAAAAAUUCAUUUGUUUGUUAUCUAUCUCGAAAGCUACGGUUUUUGUUAUAUUUUCGAGAAAAAAAUCAUAAGUUGACUGUAUAAAUUUUUGAAGCAUUU